UGUGUGAACUGUGAAGAAGGCUAAAGCAAAAAGAGAAACCAUACUAGAGGAUCAUUAUUGGAGAAGAAAGCUAGACCAAUACUCAAAUGAUCAAAUCCUCAUCAGCUCAUUGAUUUCACAGUAGCUCUAGCUAGUGCAAACUCAGAAUGGAAUAAUAAAUUUAAAAAACAAAGAAGGGUUAUGACAAGGGUCAUCAAAGCAAGUCAGUGAGACUCUUUAGUUAGUUUAGCUCACCUGUCUGUAUUGAGAGUCAUACUGACUCUUACCAUAUCGAUUCAUUGCUCCAUUCGUACAAGCCGCUGCUUCUUCUUCUUCUCCUUCUUGCUCCUCCAUUAUCUCAAUCCUAUUCCUACAAGCCAUUAGCUAGCCAAGGACAAACGAAGUGGAUCGAUUUCUUUCUAUAUAUAGCGAUAGUUGUUGGUGUAUUUGUUGAUAUAUGCAAUGAAAUUGUCACUUUGACGUGAUGACAUCUGAACAGAAAGCUAGUUUAAUAAUACUUUCAGGGUCUCAUUAUCUCGUUGGACCCUUCUAUAACUUACCUUGGGAGUGAUACCUCCAACUUUGCUUACGUAUACAGCUACCUAAAUUAUCUACAUCGCUGCUGACCGUGUUUGGAAGAGAAGGGAAUGGUAGAGACAAGAAAGAAAAGAUUUUCUUUGCUUUGAAGCCAGAAGGUUGCUUCUCACUUCAACACUCUUCUUGAAAAUCACAAUUCUGUUACCCAGCAUAAGAAAAAAAAGUAUUAUGAGAUGCUAGAUAUAAAUAUGUGGUCCAAGGAGGAGGCAAAACGUAUCAUACUACUGAUUGGUCAAUACCAUGGAUACCCACAAGAGAAUAUUUUGGUUUAAUAACAUUCUUUCACUGGCUUUUUUGCUUAUGUUCCUUGUAAGUCCCAAGUCCAGUAAUGGCUUUAAUGUUCCAGCUGGGAAUGAGCAAGUUGAACUGACAGUGGAGGAAGUGGACAGCCAUUUACCAUAUUCUAGUGCCAGUCAAGGGAUUUAUCAGGUGAAUGAUAUGGAAGAAGAUGCAUGGGAAAUGGUGGGGAAGAAAGGGAUCCAGUUUGUGGUCAAUGACCAACCUUUCUAUGUUAAUGGCUUCAACACAUACUGGCUGAUGGUAUUUGCUGCGGACCAAUCUACCAGAGGAAAAGUCACUGAGGUUUUCCAGCAAGCAUCUUCAGUGGGUCUUACAGUCUGCAGAACUUGGGCAUUUAAUGACGGCCAAUGGCGUGCUCUUCAGAAAUCUCCAGGUGUUUAUGAUGAAGAUGUUUUUAAGGCCUUGGAUUUUGUGGUGAGCGAAGCAAGAAAGUACAAGAUCCGGCUCAUUUUAUCGUUAGCUAACAACUGGGAUGCAUAUGGUGGCAAAGCACAAUAUGUUAAAUGGGGAAAAGCUUCUGGACUUAAUUUGACAUCUGAUGAUGAUUUCUUCUCUCAUCCUACUCUCAGAAGCUACUACAAGGCUCAUGUUAAGACGGUGCUCAACAGAGUUAAUACGCUCACAAACAUAACUUACAAGGAUGAUCCAACAAUAUUUGCAUGGGAAUUGAUGAACGAACCUCGAUGCACCACAGAUCCUUCUGGUGAUAAAUUGCAGUCAUGGAUACAAGAAAUGGCAGUCUACAUCAAAAGCAUGGAUGCAAAACAUUUAGUGGAGAUUGGAUUGGAAGGAUUUUAUGGUCCCUCAGCUCCAGAGAGGGCUAAAUUCAACCCUAACACUUACGCAACACAAGUUGGAACUGACUUUAUAAGGAACCAUCAGGGUCUUGGUGUUGAUUUUGCAUCUGUUCACAUUUAUGCAGACUCUUGGAUUUCGCAAACGAUUUCUGAUGCUCAUAUUGAAUUCACUAAAUCAUGGAUAGAAGCCCACAUUGAGGAUGCUGAGAAAUAUCUAGAUAUGCCUGUCAUAUUUGCAGAGUUUGGUGUAUCAUCAAAAGACCCUGGUUACAAUUCCUCAUUCCGUGACACCAUGUUCAGUACAGUGUACAAGACCCUUCUGAACUCCACAAAGAAAGGUGGAAGUGGGGCUGGAAGCCUUCUGUGGCAGCUGUUCCCUGACGGGACAGAUUACAUGGAUGAUGGGUAUGCAAUUGUUCUAUCAAAAUCUCCUUCAACAUCAAACCUCAUUUCCCUGCAUUCCACACGAAUUGCAAUCUUCAAUUCCAUGUGUUCUUGGAAAUGCAAAUGGGGCUGCAAGAAGAAGAAUGCCUUGGAGACAUUCCUUUUCCAUGAUGAGUUGUAAAGUACUUGGCCAAUGACAGAAGGAAAGGAAAAGGAUCCAAGUAAUCACAAUAAUAUGAACUUGUUUUUAUCUCCGAAAAUAUGAAAUAUUGAUUUCCUAUUGUAUAUAAUAAACAGGGAAAGCUACAAAGAAAAAGAGAACUGUCAACUAUGUAUAUCGUGAACUAUACAUCAUUUCAAUGGUCUGCAUAUCGAAUGAACUGUGUUUUAUUUUAUUU